AUGUCUGAUAAUACAGAUAAUAUAAGAAGAAAUCUUGGGAAAUGGUUGAAGUCGAAAAUGUUUCCUCUCGCGGAAGAAAAUAUUGAUGAUACGUGUUUUUAUUAUCAAAUUUUAUGUAAUAACCGUAACGAUCCCCAAGAACUUUACCAGCAUAUAAAAACACCUGUUCAAUAUCUGUUAACCUUUGGGGAGUAUCUUCUGAAAGGAAGCGAAUUUGAAGGUGUUCCGAGCGAAGUGCUUCGCUUUGUUGUUGAUGAUUUGGUUAGAAGCGCUUCUGUGAAUGAUUUGCUAAAAGCUAAAAUGUAUCGUGAUCGUUUUAACAAGCUUAUCGAUAAAGCAAAUAGUGCAAAUAAAGCAAAUAGAGAUUCUUAUAGUGAAUAUUAUAGCGAGGUCGUUGAUACAGCUACUGUUACAACCGCUCAAAAUCAAAAUCGUCCAAAUCGAGUUAACGAACGUAAUGAGGGCGAAUUAGAUGUCAAUUCAUUUAUUUUUGGAGUUUCAUUCCGUCAAACUAGUAAUCAGUAG